CCCAGCACUUGUCCGACUCAACACCCUGCCCGUCACAUCGAGUCGUCGCAGAAAAUGGCCGACAAGUACAUCCCCGAGCACCGCCGCACGACGUUCAAGGCCAAGAGCGCGUUCAAGCCAGACGAACUCCGCCGCCGCCGUGAAGAGCAACAGGUGGAGAUCCGCCGGGCGAAGCGCGAGGAGAACCUUGCCAAACGCCGUGGUAUUGCAGGACGAGACCAGCCCGGAGCCGCGCUGGGCGCUGCCCCCGACAGCGACGAUGAGGGUGGCAACAUCGAGAGCCAGCUCAACGAAGAGCUCCCCCAGAUGGUCAAGGGCGUCUUCUCGGACCAGAUCGACGAGCAAAUCCAGGCCACGACCAAGUUCCGCAAGCUGCUGUCCAAGGAGCGCAACCCGCCCAUUGAGCGCGUCAUCGAGACGGGCGUCGUGAGCCGCUUUGUCGAGUUCCUGCGCUCGCCCCAUACACUGGUACAAUUCGAGGCGGCCUGGGCCCUCACCAACAUCGCCUCGGGCUCGGCGCAGCAGACACAGGUCGUCAUCGAGGCGGGCGCGGUGCCCAUCUUUGUCGAGCUGCUCAGCAGCCACGAGCCCGACGUGCGCGAGCAGGCCGUGUGGGCUCUGGGCAACAUCGCCGGAGAUAGCCCCGCAUGCCGCGACUUUGUGCUGCAAGCCGGCGCUCUCCGCCCGCUGCUGGCCCUGCUGGGCGACAGCCGCAAGCUGAGCAUGCUGCGCAAUGCCACAUGGACCCUGAGCAAUUUCUGCCGUGGCAAGACGCCGCAGCCCGACUGGCAAACUAUCCAGCCCGCCCUCCCCGUCCUGGCCAAGCUCGUCUACUCGCUCGACGACGAGGUGCUCAUUGACGCCUGCUGGGCCAUUUCAUAUCUGUCGGAUGGCUCCAAUGAUAAGAUCCAGGCCGUCAUCGAGGCCGGCAUCCCCCGCCGCCUGGUCGAGCUGCUCAUGCACGCCUCGACCUCGGUCCAGACGCCUGCCCUGCGCUCUGUCGGCAACAUUGUUACUGGUGACGAUGUGCAGACGCAGGUCAUUAUCAACUGCGGUGCGCUCCCCGCGCUGCUGUCGCUGCUGAGCUCCACCAAGGACGGCAUCCGCAAGGAGGCCUGCUGGACCAUCUCCAACAUCACCGCCGGCAACUCUACCCAGAUCCAGGCCGUCAUUGAGGCCAACAUCAUCCCUCCUCUGAUCCACCUGCUCCAGAACGGUGACUUCAAGACGCGAAAGGAGGCUUGCUGGGCCAUCUCCAACGCCACCAGCGGCGGUCUGCAGAAGCCGGCUCAGAUCCGCUACCUCGUCCAGAGCGGCUGCAUCAAGCCGCUGUGCGAUUUGCUCGCGUGCCCCGACAACAAGAUCAUCCAGGUUGCUCUCGACGGCCUAGAGAACAUUCUCAAGGUCGGAGAGAUGGACAAGGAGGCCAGCGAAGGCGGUGCUGGUGGCGAGCCCAUCAACCGCUAUGCUCUCUUCAUCGAAGAAGUUGGCGGCAUGGAGAAGAUUCACGAGUGCCAGAACAACGCCAACGAGGAAAUCUACAUGAAGGCAUACAACAUCAUCGAGAAGUAUUUCUCGGACGAGGAGGGCGAGGCCGAGAACAUGGGCGAGGCCGGACCUCAGGUCAACCAGGAGGGUCACUUUGGUUUCGGCGCGGCUGGCCAGCAGCAACAACAAAACUUCAACUUUGCCAACGGCGGGGACUCUAUGGACAUGUAAAGCGCGUCUCGCGUCUCGCGACUCGUCGCGAUAUUGUUGAAACGCUGCAUCGCCUGCUGUGCAGCGCUUCGUCCGUCACCCUGGGCAGCCACGAAAGCGCGCCUGGAGGUGGUAGCAGUGCCCUGGGCGAAUUCAGAGAUCAUACAAUGAUAUGAUGCAUGACAUGCAUGCAUGGAAGAGCCAUGAUUGCGAGGACUACUGUAUGUUUCCUUGGCAAUGUUUCCACGUUUUCCCAACCUUCACCUCGCCAUGAUUUCUAUGAAGCCUCAAAAGAUACACCGUCUUGUAACCCUCCCAAUUUUCCCAUCCGCAUCAUAUCCCUGGCGUUGUGUGUUUGCGUAGCUCUAUCGGUCUGAAGCUCGGAAUGGUUUGGACUGGGCGGUCUGCUCUGGAAUGGGUGGGCGCUCUACACGAUUUGGGUGCGAGGGCGAAAGAUCUUCUCAGUUCAGCCGCGCCGGCCAGAUAGCUGAAUUUAUUCCGCCG